UGCUUCAUGGGUGGUUCUAGAUAAGGCAGCUGCAGGCUUUUUCAAUGCCGUCAACAGCUUCCGCGGAAGUGAAGGCUUCAGGCAACUACAGAAGAGAAGAGGAUUAAGGCAAAGGAAGAGGUUUCCAGCUGAGAGUAGGAAUCGAUCAGGCUAACGUGGGGCAAGCGUCGAAGAGGGCAGGCAGUUCGGGAAUAUGGUGACCAAGGGGGAGGAGACAAAGCACCACUUCGUCUUGGUUCACGGGUCCGCCAUGGGAGGGUGGUGCUGGUUCAGGGUGGCCUCCCUGUUGAGAGAGGGUGGCCACAAGGUGAGCGCCCUGGAUUUAGGCGCGUCCGGCAUCGACCCCGCCACCGCCGACCAGGUCGCCACGUUCGCCGACUACACCCACCCUCUCAUACGCCUACUUCAAUCCAUUCCCGCCGACGAAAGGGUGGUGCUGGUCGGCCAUAGCUUCGGCGGCCUCAGCAUUUCGCUCGCUGCCGAGAUGUUUCCGGCCAAGGUCUCUGCUGCUGUCUUCGUUGCCGCCUUCAUGCCCCAGCCCUCCAAACCACCCACCGAUGUUCUAUACCAUUAUUUUUUUGCUCAAAAGGAUCGAAUUGAGUCGUGGGAGGAUUCUGUAUUUACAUUCAAGGAAGAUGUGUCUCAGAUGUUCCCUGCAACGGUUGAAUUUGGCGCACGAUUCUUGCUCUCCACUGUCUUCAAUAGGUGCUCCAAUGAGGAGCAUACCUUGGCAACAAUGCUCAAGAGACCAGCACCAUUUUACAGAGAAGAUUUAUCCAGCCAGGAUUUUGUUUCAGAAGAGAAUUACGGACGCACGACGAGAGCUUAUAUAGUGUGCAAGGACGACCAAAUAAUUAAGGAAAGUUUCCAACGCUGGAUGAUAGAAAUGAGCCCAGUGGAUGAAGUAGUGGAGAUUGAGGGUGCUGAUCACAUGGCCAUGUUCUCAAAGCCUCUUGACAUUUGCCAUCACCUCCUCCAAAUUGCUAAAAACCAUUGCUGCAGAAAAUAAAACACACGAAGAAGAAGGAAGCUUCUACCACUCUCAAAAUAGUUGCUGAUAUCAAGUCCCGUUUCAGAACUGUUUCAUGUAAUGUCUUGUUGCUUUGUUUAGUUCCUUCUAGGAUGAUAACGUAUGCAUGAACAAGCUGGUUUUUGCUUCAGAGCUUGAAUAGAAAUUAAAUAUA